UGGUUCACCCUGUUUUCCGAUUACUGCGACUGCCCCCACCCCCCGCCAUCAGCUGUUGCGCCAGCUGCUCGCCCACGGCUGCGCUGGUCACACCGCCAGCAUCCAAACAACAAUCCGCAGCCCCAGAAUCGGACACAUCACCGAGACCGAGAUCUUGCUGACGUGCGACCAGAUGCAGAGCCCCGCCUUCGCGUACCGGGAACCCGCAGAUCACUCGCCGCGCGCCAUGUACAUGCGCGACUGGAGGUCGGCCCUGCGGACGCCCACGUACCGGAUUGGUAAUCGGACGGUGCGCUUUAACUACCACUUCGCUCUGCUCAUCGCCUGCGCCCUCGGCCUUGUCCUGCUCUUCUACUUUGCGCGCCAGGGCUCGCACUCCUCCUCCGACGGCUACUGGUUGCGCCGGAGCUUGGUGGACGCCCGGAGUCUGGACAGUGGCGCGGUGGCCCAGGUCUACAAUGCCACAUACCCGCUCACUCCGCCCAUGGUGCUGCGUGGCGGGGUCAUCAACUACCGGAUAGCCAUGAUCGCCGACCUGGACACCAGCUCCAAGGUGACCAAGAGCGACGGCAGCUCCACAUGGCGGAGCUACCUGAAGAAGGGCUACCUCACGUACACGGUGGCCAGGGCCGAGAUCCAGAUCAGCUGGGAUGACGGAGCACCUACGGUCCUGGAAUCUGCAUUUGCCCUAAAGGGCCGCGGCAUGGAGCUCUCCGAGUUGGUCACCUUUAACGGGCGGCUCCUCAGCUUCGACGAUCGCACUGGAUUGAUUUACGAAAUAGUUAACGACAAGCCCAUUCCCUGGGUGAUCCUGCUCGACGGCGACGGGCACAGUGCCAAGGGCUUCAAGUCCGAGUGGGCCACUGUGAAGCAGCACACUCUCUAUGUCGGCUCCAUGGGCAAGGAGUGGACGACGAGUGCGGGCGACUUCGAGAACAACAAUCCCAUGUACGUAAAGGCCAUCUCGCCCUCUGGCGAGGUGCGAUCACUCAACUGGGUGGACAACUUUAAGCAGCUGCGCCUGCAGUCCCAGCAGAUUUCCUGGCCGGGCUACAUGAUUCAUGAGAGCGGGACCUGGUCUGAUGCAAAGCAGCGCUGGUUCUUCCUCCCCAGACGAUGUUCCAAGGAGAAAUACAACGAAACCAAGGACGAGCACAUGGGCUGCAAUGUCUUGGUCUCCGCCGACGAAAGCUUCACCAACAUCGAGACCGUGCGACUCGACCCCGAGAAUACAACUCCCACACAUGGCUUCUCUAGCUUUAAGUUCCUGCCCGGCACCGAUGACUCCAUCAUAGUGGCCCUCAAGUCGGAGGAGCUGAAUGGCAAGACGGCCACCUUCAUCACAGCCUUCGACAUCACGGGCAAGACGCUGCUGCCCGAGGUGCGGAUCGAGACAGAUUAUAAGUACGAGGGAUUCGAGUUCAUUUAGCUCGGCACUCCGUGCCACUACACUCCACUCAAGUUCGAUCCAGGUGCUCCAGUUUUGAGCGUGUACAUACUGUAUUAGUGUCCCAUACUGUAAGCUUUAUAUUUAUAGUCAGCUAGGUUAGUCUAGAGAUGCUCAUCUGCCUCGUGACCCGUGACUCCCUUGUCCUGUCUUGUACCAUAGCGCAAAUCAAAUUUUAGUUUAUUUUUAUUGAAAAUGAAAUAUAUAACGUACAAAGCCGGCGGCAAACUCA